AUGCCCAAGCGCCGGGCCUCGACCCAGAUCAAGCGGGAAGACGAUGAGACCCCACCGGAUGUGGCUUCAUCUCGGUCAAGGACGCUUCCAGCUGACACAUCGGAUGGAGUACCAUCGCCCGACUCCCCCCCAAGCUCACCUCCGGCCGCCACUGGUCUCUUCGAAGGCCAAGGACAGUUUGUCUUUGACCCUCAUGGCGACCUUCAGUUGCGAGUGACUGGAGUCUCAACAAGCAUUGUUUCAGGCACUUCCCUUGAGGUCGAGAGUCACCGCAGUGUGGUUUUCAGGGUCUCUUCUGAGGUGCUAGAGUUCACGUCCCCUAAAUGGCGCGCACUGGUACGCAGCGACAACCCGAGUGAUCAUCGCCCAAGAGUUUGGGAGACCGAAAUAUGUGCCAAUCCUGAAGCUCUGAGACUGCUCCUCAACUUAAUGCAUGGCGAUAUCGACAGCGUGCCCAACAGACUUAUCACAUUGAAGAACCUGCUGGAUAUCAUCUUCCUGGCUGAGAAGUACGACAGCUUGACACUACUCCGACCGCGUGCGGCUGCUUGGCGAACGUCGUUAGAUGGCGUUUUGGGUCUUCGUGGCAAAGAACAUAACCCAGAGGAUCUCGGCCGCGCCCUAUGCAUUGCUUGGUGGCUUGGUGAUACCCAGCGAACCCUGGAAGCUCUUAAGCGUAUAGCAAUGAACAGCUCUGUCAGCAAAGGGGGAUGUCUCGUGAUUCCGGGAGAACGUCUGCGCUACCGCUUUAAUGGUAUGGAUAGCGACCCCAUGAUAAAGCUAGAUGUAGUAUCCCGCAUGACGAGGAAGGUGAUGAUCAUUGAGCUGCAUAGCUUCUGGAAGGCUACUCUCAAGGGCCUCGAUGGGAGUAAUGCAACUGGGUGCGUUCGUUGCCGUGCCCCUGACGUCUCCCUUGAGGAGCGUCGCAAAUGUGAGGGCUCAAUACUCGGAUCACUGGUUCAGAAGAUGGUGCACAAGCAACUUUGGCCGUUUCCUGAUCCGCAUUCCAUCACAUCUAGUCCCGAAGAUUUCAAACGUCAACUUCUAUCCCUGGAACCUGCAGCGGCAAGUGGUGCACUUCACGGUGCUAGUUGCGGGGUUGUCGUUGAGAACCACCCUUCAGAUGGUAUGAUUCGCAGGCUGGAGAGAAUUCAGCCAACACUCUUGGAGUCUCAAUUACAAGAACUGAGAGUCAACGCUCACAAGCUUGGACUCCCUGCAACUGCGCCGAUCUCUUGA